GAAGUCUGGCCCGCCUGCCUAAUCACGCCGGAGAAACCUACAAAGUGGUGCCAGGCUGGCCAAUCCUGCGGAUGUUUGUUCCAAGCCCGGUCCCGCCUCCGCGCGCUGCGCUGACUGGUCGUUGGCGGAUACGGUGGCUGCUGAGGCGGUGACGGUGGCUUCUUCCCCGCUCUGCGCCCGCUUCCGCGCGCGUCCCGCGGCUCCGAUUCCACCAUGGCUCCCAAAGGCGGCCCCAAGCAGCAGUCCGAGGAGGACCUGCUCCUGCAGGAUUUCAGCCGCAACCUCUCGGCCAAGUCCUCGGCGCUUUUCUUCGGGAACGCCUUCAUCGUGUCCGCCAUCCCCAUCUGGCUAUAUUGGCGAAUAUGGCAUAUGGAUCUUAUUCAGUCUGCUGUUCUGUAUAGUGUGAUGACCCUAGUAAGCACUUACUUGGUAGCCUUUGCUUACAAAAAUGUGAAAUUUGUUCUCAAGCACAAAGUAGCACAGAAGAGGGAAGAUGCUGUCUCCAAAGAAGUGACUCGGAAACUCUCUGAAGCUGAUAAUAGGAAGAUGUCUCGGAAGGAAAAGGAUGAAAGAAUCUUGUGGAAGAAGAAUGAAGUUGCUGAUUAUGAAGCUACAACAUUUUCCAUCUUCUAUAAUAACACCCUAUUUCUGGUCUUGGUCAUUGUUGCUUCCUUCUUUAUACUGAAGAACUUCAACCCCACAGUGAACUACAUUUUGUCCAUGAGUGCUUCCUCAGGCCUCAUCGCCCUCCUGUCCACUGGCUCCAAGUAGACUGCCUCAGCUUUGCCACCCCCUCCUCCCCACAAACUUUGUGUCCGUGGGUGGCCUGUGGUGUGCGGAAAAGUAGCAGGGUGGUCAGGGUGGAAGACACGCAAGCUGUUUGUAUAAGUAUGGAGUUUGAAAAACCCAACAAAAUGUAAUUCAAUAUUUGUUUAUUGGCUCUUUUUUUUUUUUGGACAGAUUGUUGAAAUUAAAUGAAUUGAAAGGGAAACUCAGAGUACCAGGACAUUUAUUAAAAGGCAAAAAAGUGUUGCAAUGUGUUAUAAUCACAAGAGGAGAAAAUAACUUGUUUCCUGGAUUUGUCAGAGGUCACAGUAACCUGGACUGAGCUGUUAUUAUUUAUAAUAGUAGCGAGAAGUUAAUAACUGGUUCUCUGUGUUCCAAGCACAAUAUUACAACUUUUUUUUUUUGUUGUUUUGAACCAUAAAUAUCAGAAUGAAUCGUCUCCCUCCGGGGGACUGAACAGAAGCAUCAUGCUUGCAAGUCUCUGACUUUGAAAUAACUCAGUUAAAACAUGGUUUCUCCAACUUGGAGAAGAGAAACUUGUGGAAAAGUUGUGUUGUUGGUUUUUUUUUUUUUUUAAGAAGAAACGCAGCCAAGGUAAUAACCUAAAAAUAGUACCUAGGCAUAUGAGAGUUGUCCCCUGGGGUUAAACCACACAGUGUUCAGCUCUGUAGCAUUAGCCCUGGGUGGGUGUCCAGGGAGCUUAGCUCAACCCUCCCAUGUUGGUUUGACCUGUUAAGAGAACGGAAUCAUUGUUUCCUCUUGACCAGGGUCUCACAUCACUGGAGGAAUGUUGAGUAAGAGAGUCUCUUUCCUGAAUAUUGACGUGUAGGAGACCAAAGUAAUUUUUGUGAUCUUAGUUCUGGAAUUCUAAAAACUCUCCAAGGAAUUACAGUGGUUUUGGUACUGCUCAGCAUUUUUCCAUGAGGACUUUCAUAAAUUUGACCUUUUAGUCCACAAGUUCCCAUCAGUUGUAAACAAAAGACUGAUCUCUUCAGUCCUGGUGGGUUCAGCCAAGAGCAGUCUCCUGCAUUUUUUAACCAGUGUGUUUACAGGUAAUUGUUUUUGCAUGAUUUGAAAAAGUUUGAGCUUUUCUUGAAUUUUCAUCACUUAAAAGGUUAUGGACUCACAGGUGAUACUAGCUUUUGACCACAUUCGGUACCUUUCUAUAAGCAGUUUGUUCUUAUUGUUGUUUAGUCGCUACAUUGUGUCCAACUCUGUGACCCCAUGGACUGUAGCUCACCAGGCUCCUCUGUCCAUGGAUUUUCCAGGCAAGAACACUGGAGUGGGUUGCUGUUUCCUUCUCCAGGGGAUCUUCCCGACCCAGGGAUCGAACUUUACAUUUGGGUAUCCCAUUCUACAAGCAAUACCUCAAAGGAAAUAUGUUCCCAGUUUCUAAUCUUAACUUUAAUAUUUGGUUUCCACUUCUAAAUUUAAGGUAAAUGUUGCAUUCACUGCUUAUAGAAAGAUACUCACCAGGAGUUCAUCUUCUGUUUCCAUCUGUUAGAAGUUUGGGGAGGCCACCUAAGAACCUGGAAGGAAAGUGAGCUGGGAGUACAUUUGCCUAGUGACCCAGAUCAUCGUUUUCAGCUGAGGAUUAUAGUUGGUCGCGGCUUCUAGAAGUUUGCAGCUCUUUACUUUGCUCUGGUGCACUGUUACCUGUGCCAUCCCUGAAUAAUAUGGAGUGAAUGGGGGGAAAGUCAGAAGUACCCUGCAAAAGUGUCAGUAUGGCACAUAAGAAUUAAUUAUGUUUCAACUUUUUUCCCCUGUUGAUUAAUGAGUCAAACAGUUUGACUGGUGACCUGCUGUUUAUACCAAGUGUAUUUGCUUAUUUGACAAAAUGACUGUUUAACAAGCCACCAGUAUUUACUAUUUGUUACCAAAGUUGGGCCAAUUUUUUACCUGUAAUUUUUAACGUGCAGGUAAAAAAUUGCCACUAGAUGGCAGUGCCUGUACAGAUGGGAAAAAAUUAGUGUUAUAAUACAGGAUACCUGAGAUGGGGGGCCGAAAUAGGGGCAUCAGUGUUACAUUCUUGGUAAAUUGUCUCUUGAAUUAAUAAACUGAAUAAUUUGUAGGAAAGUGAGGAAGCAAAAUCUGGUUUUGUUCCUGAUUUUUUCCUAUGGCACUCUUUGUUUUUAAUCAUAGUAAUAGUUUCUGUACUGUUAGAUAAAUUUCUAUGUAUCAGUUUCUGAUGGUUCCACAGUUUCCAUUAAGCACCUGCCAUGCAGUGCUUUACUGUUGGGAGUUCCAAAACCUUUCCCCCAUUCCUCUCCCCGUCAUUUGGAAGGACUAGCGCACAGAAUUAUGAUGUACUGGAUCUGGCUUAGUUGGUAAAAACCAGCUGUAGAAUUUUUAUCUUAAAAAUACCCCAUAUCCAACACCAGGAGAAUUAAAGAGGUUUUACUCUAAUUGGGAUUCAGAGUGGUUUAAUUCCAGUUUUGACACCCCUUGUGAUAAGUGCUGGAACAUUUUACAUUUCCCUGUUUUUAGUUUCUUUAUUCAUUAUAACUUAAUAAGAACUUGGGUUGAAAUAAUUCUUAGCCAGUAAAAAUUUACUGCUUGACCUAUUUGGUAUAUUAUUCUAACUUGGCUAGAAUAAUUUGAAACAAGUUUGAGGUUAACAAAUACGGAGGUUGGAUUUAUACUCAAAAUUCUUGUGAAAGGUCUUGCUUUUUUUUUUUUUUUUUUGGCUGCACCGCAAGCCUUGAAGGAUCUUAGUUCACCAGCCAUGGAUCAAACCCAAGCCCUCUGCAUUGGAAGCGAGGGGUUUCAGCCACUGGACCGCCAGGGAAGUCCCCAUAGCCAAGCUUUUUUAACUUAAAAAGUCAAACACUUUUCACUUUAAAGCUAAAGGAAAAAAGCACCCCUGAAAGACCUCUAGACGGGAGCACAACAUCCUGGAUUCCAGGCCUCGUUCUGCCAUCACCUUGCGUGUGAGUUGGGGCGAGUCCUUUAAUAUCAUCAGGUCUGGGUUCCUCAUUGGCAAGGAGCAGGGUGGGCUCAAGGCCGGUGAAGGCCGGUCAAAGCCCUGACGUCUCUCCAGUGACCCCUGGUGCACACCACGGAUGAAGACGAAGUGGCAGUUCUCAAAGUGGGACGCCAGACACAGGGCUGCUAGCUUUUAUUUCCCUUGGCCGAAGUUUCGGUAUGUGGCUGGCUGCCACCCAGGUUACCCUUUGGAAUGGUAUGUUCUCUGCCAAGGAAGUCUUUCCAGAAAAGAAGAAAAUGAGAGUGCAUGGAAAUUUUUCUUAAGGAUAAAAUUGUGAACUGUAUUUAUCCAGUAUAUUCACCAUGGCAGAUGAUUUGAGUAUUAAACUGUAUGUUCCCAUGGUCAAGCAGUAAUGUUUGUUUGAUUUAAUUUGCAGUUGUUUUUUUUUUUAAUAAUGACAUCUCUUUAUUUUCGGCUGUCCUGGGUCUGCUUUGCUGCCUGCAGGCUUUCUCUAGUUAGAGAGCAGUGGCUUCUUGUUGUGGAGCAUGGGCUCUAGAGUGCGAGGCCUCAGCCGUGGUGCGUGGCUUAGCUGCUCCGCAUCAUGGGGGAUCUUAGUUCCUGGACCGGGGACUGAACCCAUGUUCACUGCAUUGGCAGGCAGAUUCUUAACCACUGGACCACUAGCAAAGUCCCUACAGGUUUCUUUUAAAUGAGUUUGAGAACGUUUAACCUUAGUACCGAAUAUUUCUAAAAUCCAAGGAGAAAUAUCUUCAGUAGCUAAUCAGUUUAUCCAUUAACAGAAGAAAAGUUUGGGUUACAAUUUAAAUCUUUUUGUAAAGCUAUUUCUGUUAGGUAUCAUUCAGUGAGGCUUACCUGCCAGCAUUAUUUUUAUUUAGAUUCUUACUGCCUGUUUUGUAAAGAUAUAUAUAUAUAUAUGACCUUCUAGUGAUAGACCAGAUAAAAACUAAUUGUGAGAUUAAAUACAUGUAUGCUUUUAUUACUCAAAGCAAAUAAAUUGCAAUUCCAAUUAAA